AGCGGUCCGUUCGCCAGUCGAGGCUGGCAGGGAGGAGGCGAAGGUCUGUGCGCGCGCGUGCCGGUGAGCCCAUGCAGCCGGACGACGUACGGACGGUGGCGAGAGUGUGCGCCAGCGGAUAGCCGGGUCCGGAGGCUGCCCACGUCUGCAGCGGCUGCUGCCGAGAUAGUUUCUGAGCUUUUCGUCUGCUACAAGAUGGCAAUUGAGUCCUGUCGUCGCACCAUUCUGCUGACCCUUGCAAUAGGGGUCUGCACCGCCCAGUACAACGCCCCGGUCAGCCGACCCAGCAACAUGCCUGAGAUCUCCAACCUCGAGGUCAUGUGCGGCAAGGACCACAUGACCGUGCAGCUGGGCUUCGCAGGACCGUUCCAGGGACUGGUAUUCUCCAAGGGGCAGUUCAACAGUCAAAACUGCGUGUACGUCAAACCUUACACGGGUCUCGGAGCGUACACCUUCGAUAUCUACUACAACAAGUGCGGGACCAAGCCUGACCUGAACGGCAAGUUCUACGAGAACACUAUCAUUGUCCAGUACGACAAUGAACUCAUCGAGGUCUGGGACGAAGCUAAACGUCUGCGCUGCGAGUGGUACAAUGAUUAUGAGAAGACGGCGACCAAACCCCCGGUGGUGAUCGCCGACCUGGAGGUCAUAGAGCUCAACUUCAGAGGAGACAAUGUGGAUUGCUGGAUGGAGAUUCAGGACGGCAAGGGUCCGUGGGCCAGUCCAGUGACCGGCAUUGUGCCGCUGGGAUCCACGCUGACCAUGGUUGUGGCCAUCAACGACCCCAACGCCGAGUUCGACAUGCGGGUGAAGGAGUGCGAGGCGUCGGAUGGCAAGGGCCGGCCCAUCUACCUCUCCGACCAGGACGGCUGCGUGCUGCGGCCCAAGAUGAUCAGCAAGUUCAUGAAGCUGCGCAGCAACGACGGCCGCUCCACCGUCAUCACCUACGCCCACUUCCACGCCUUCAAGUUCCCCGACAGCAUGUACGUGCACCUCAAGUGCAAGGUGGAGAUCUGCCGGUACGGCUGUCCCGACCAUUGUCAGAAGGCCGUGGCCGGCGGCUACGCGUCACCUAGCGCGCCGCUGGUCGCCGCCGGCUCCAACUACGACCCGGUCGUCUCCAACUCGGUGGAGGAGUCGCAGCCGGCGGCCGAGCCGCGCAAGCCGGUGGUGGUGCAGGCCAAGCUGGAGGAGGAGUACCAGGCGGCGCCGGGCGGCGGCGGCCACACCAUCCGCGGCAUCCCACUGCCGCUGCCGCCGCGCGACGGCAUCAACCGCAUGGACAUGCCGGCCGACCUGCCGCCGCUGCCGGCGCAUUACCAGCCGGUGCUGAUCGCACCAAGCACGCAUGAUGUCAUCGGCAAGCCGCAGGCGAUCCCGGUGCCGUUCAACACGGACGGUCGACACGCGGAGGCGGCGUCGCGCUCUGCCGCGGCCGACACGCCGGCCGAGGCCGUGCGAACCUCUGACGCCGGCCUGGGCGGCGUCGACCGCUCCGAGUUCCCCUGGGGACCGCGCAAGCUCAAGAUCCGGCGACGCCGCUUCGUGGUCGACGAGCCGGCGGCCAAGUCGGCCGACAUCGGCGUCGCCUCCACGCUCGAGGUCAUCUCGGAGAAUGACCUGCAGUUUGAGCCGACCUACGAGGACAACCAACGCGUGACCAUCUUCCAGGGCCAGAUCCGGGACGACAUCGUGUACGGCAUCUGUCUGCCGGCAGCCGGCUUCUCGGCACUGUUCGUGCUGCUAGCCAUGUGCGCAGUCAUCUCGGUGCUGGUGGCCGGCUUCCUUUGCCACCACAGGCAGGUGCAGAAGGACUCGAGUCGGCAGCCGGCAGCCGUGCCGCUGCGCGACUGGAACAUGGUGGGCUUCAUCCGACAACGGUUCCAGCCGGCGCACUGAGCCGGCCGUGCGCUCAAGCGAGCUGUCCUGCCGCACCCAGCCGUCCGUCACGUGACUCCGUCGGUGGCAGAGGCCGGCCGUGGCAGUGACCCCCUAUCGGCGGCGGCUCCGGCCUAGAAGCGGCGCUGGUCCUCUCGCCUUUCGAGUAUGCAACGCUGUCGCCCGGCGCAGUCGCUUUCAGGGGUGGUCCGUCCAGAUACGGCGCUCUCCAGCGGCGGGCCGCCCCGACGCGGUGACCUGACGUGUCGGGGCAGGGACGCUGGGGCGACUGACACGUGAGACGAAGACCGACGUCAAAAUUACGCCCAGGAGCAGCGCAGCCGUAAAGACUGGCAGAGCCACCGGGCAACUGACGGGAGUGACUGGUUGAGGCAUCGGCCAGCUGACAUCAGUGACGCGGAGACGGACUCAUGGCUCACUCGCUGAUUGGCUGAGACAAGUGCAGUCCGCUUGUCUCAGCCAAUCAACACCUGGAAGGCUCAGGUGAUGUCCACCGUUAGCGACAUUACUUCAAGAUGCCUUUUGGGAGGAUGACACGGUUAGGUUUGAUCAUUAUGAAACGCCCUGAGACGUGAGUGAGUGGGACAGCACAGACGCAGAAGAAUGGUGCACGUGGACGAAUUCAUUUGCUCCUUGGCUUUGCCUGCAAUGCUUGCACUUCCGGGAUCAUUUACAUAACAUUAUCGAUGAAUAAUCCAUGAGAACAGAUUUAGUCCUGUGACUAUUGCAUGAUAAAUCUGAGCACAGGAUUAGGUACUAUGCUGUCUAUCAAGUUUUGUAACGACCAGUUAGGUAUAAUGGCUCAUUCAAGUCUUGGAGUGUUUAAUGCUGACAUUUUCAUUUUAGCUGACAUUUGACGAAUGCUUGAUAUGUAUGCCUGUUGUUUAUUAAGUGGGCGCGUUUCAUUAAGUCAGGUGCACUGCGACCGACGUGCGCUCGAAGAGCUGCAGAUUCAAAAUGGCGAACGUGCACCUGACGUAGCGCGUUCGGGAUCGUGCAGUGACAGUACUCUGAUUUUUUGCUCAAUUUGACACUUCACACAGGUGUCAGACUAUGAAGCAACGUGUAAUUUAUAGACACCGAUUGUAGGCAUUACCAGCACACUAACAAAAUAACCAGCUUGUCUGUGUUAUGCAAUUUGUUAUGUUUCUAAGCUCUUUUGUUUUUGGCCUGUUGUUCUCCGUUAUAUUCAGGCUUACAAACAUAUUGUCACGACAAACAUUAGGUAUGUUAUGUUUACUGUUUUUUUGGUGUCCUAAUGUUGUAUGUCUUCUCUUAUUUAUUAAACUAUUUAUGAUUGAGUAAUAAAUAAACGAUGACUUCGUU